AACAGCCCGCAGCGAUCGGUGUGUAUGCAGUGAGGAGAGCAGGUCCUGUUUAUUUUGGUGCGGCUGAAUGGGCAAACGUGGCCGCUGCGGAUUGCGUAAAUGAAAGCUACGGAGAAUAUCUAGGAAAAUAUGCCGCACGAUCGUUAAUUGCGGGAGAAGAAACGGCCGGAGGGGUCUGCUGGUCGGGGUAGUGGGAUGACAGCAGGCCUGUAUAUAUAAUCAUUUCAUCUUCCAGAUCUUGUGAAAACAUGGAGGGAUGGAAUUACGGACAUUCCCGCGAGUACUAUGACCGCUUCGUCCAAAGCCAGGACUCCUCGGUUGUGAACAAGUUUCAGCAGAAGUACUGGAAGACCAAGCAGACGCUCAUCAAAGUGACGGGAAAGAAGGAAGAUGAGCACGUCGUGGCCUCAGACGCUGAUCUCGAUGCAAAACUCGAGGUGUUCCACUCGAUCCAGAGAACAUGCAUGGAGCUUCUCAAGGUCAUUGAGCAAUACCAGAGGAGGAUCUGCUUUUUGUCCCAGGAGGAAAAUGAGCUGGGGCGCUUUCUCCGAUCUCAGGGGUCCCAGGAUCGAACCCGAGCAGGGAAGAUCAUGCAGGCCACGGGGAAAGCCCUUUGCUUUUCAUCUCAGCAAAGGUUGUCCCUGCGUAGCCCACUGUGCCGACUCUACCAGGAGGUGGAGACCUUCCGGUACCGAGCCAUAUCGGACACCUGGCUCACGGUGAACCGGAUGGAACAGUCCAGGACCGAGUAUCGCGGAGCCCUGCUCUGGAUGAAGGAUGUGUCCCAGGAGCUGGACCCCGACACGUACAAACAGAUGGAGAAGUUCCGCAAGGUCCAGGCACAAGUACGGCUCACGAAAACAGGCUUUGACAAACUAAAGAAUGAUGUCUGCCAGAAAGUGGACUUACUGGGCGCAAGUCGGUGUAAUCUUCUCUCCCAUGUCCUGACCACUUACCAGACGACCCUCCUGCAUUUCUGGGAGAAGACUUCCCACACUAUGGCGGCUAUUCACGAGAGCUUCAAAGGCUACCAGCCGUACGAGUUCACAACUCUCAAGACGUUACAGGACCCCAUGAACAAACUCAUGGAUCAGGAAGCAAGGAGAAAGGGAAAGAAGAAAACGAAGGGAAAGCCGGAAGAGGAGGAAAAGCCAUCGGAUCUGAAAGAGGAACUUGCUUCGAUAGAUGAUGAAAAUCACAACAAGGGGUCAGAUCAAGCUGGUGAAGUUGGUGCUGAGGACAGUUUGGAGCAGAAUUUCUUCGAAGACGUAAACGCAAGUCAGAAGCAAAGAGCAGGGACAAAAGACCUGCUAUCAGACUACCUGGAGGCAGAGGGUGGCCAAAGGGACGAGAUGGCGCUCCUGAACGAGAUCCUUAACAGCUCCACACUGGAUGAAGGCGACUUCUCUAAGGAGUGGCGGGAGGUGUUCGGGGAGGAGGAACCCACAGGCACCAGCAGUAUGACAGGGAUGGCAGGGGCUCCACCUGAGGAGGAGUCAUCCUGCUUCCUCCCCUCCCAACUGCUGGACCAGAACAUGAACAACCUCCAGUCCUCAUUCGCUGACUGGUCCCGGAAUGUUCCACAAUCUACCAGAGCAUCGACUGAGCAGUCAGCUGAGGGCAGUCAGAAUCCCAGCAAGCCGACAGGAACCUUGGAGACCUCUAAAGAUCUCUCUACAUGGUUCAGCCUUUUUGCCGACCUGGACCCUCUCGCCAACCCGGAUGCGGUCGGGAAAACUGACAAAGAGCACGAGCUUCUGAAUGCAUGAGCUGCGUGGCUCUUUUGCGUUUAAUGCUGCAGUAUAAUGGAUUCAGACGCGUUUGUACACAAUUUCGAUAACAAAUCCCAUACAUGCAUACAUGUCGUUAUUACUGCCAGAGGAAGAUGAAUAGAGUUGGAUAGACAAAGGAUGUUUGUAAGCUUCCCUAGUAUAAUAUUGCCUUUAAUCAUAUGAAACUCAUGAACAUUGUACUCUUUUACAAAUCUGUGCCAUUUACUAACUUUCAGUUUAUAUGAAUUUGAAACAUCACUGUAAAGGGUGUCGGUCACCUGUCAAAUAUGUCAGAUUCCAGAGAUGUUUCUUCCAGUUGGAGGCGUUCCUCUUCUACAAACAUCCAGCAUCCUUCUGCUAUAUAUCCUUCCAGUGUAGCAUAAUUAUUUCUGUAAUAUGCUGAUGUCCAUGUGAAUCCAUCCAUUGUGAAUCCCACACACCAGAACAUGCAGACUCCACACAGACCCCCAACCCUGCAGCAGCGAGGCACGUGUCACCUUACAUUUUUAAUGUUAGAUGCAUUUGAAGAACCUCCAGUGCAGCACACAACAUACAGCACACAACGUACAGCACACAACAUACAGCACACAACAAUUUUAAUGAUACAAGGUCAUAAUUGUUUUAGUGACUGACUUUUUUUUUCCUGGUUAGUAUGAGCCAGUUACACUAUAAUUUCACUUUAAAUGGGACAGAUUGUGAUGGACCAUCAUACACGGCCACUGGGGGGGAAGAUCAGUGAAAUAAAUGUAGAACAUGCUAUUUGCCUUAUUCUGAAUAGCUAAUAAUGUUAAAGAAACAAAACAUUUUUAGGUCUAAUACAAUUCUACAUAUAUAUAUAUAUAUAUAUAUAUAUAUAAUUAUAUUAAAAUUAUAUAUAUAACUUUAAACAGGGAUGCCAACUUUGGUCGGCUGGCUGGCAUGAGAUUUACUAUUUGAGACGAGUCUGCACACACACACACACACACACACAUACACCCGCAUUUACACAUAAGUUGUAUUACUUUGUAAAUAGUUUUUAAGGUUUGCCAACUGCCCCAACACUUUCGAUGUAGCUAAUUUUAAACAUGCAUGCGUGAGUCUAAAAGCAUGUCACAGCACAUGAGAGUUGGCAUCCCUGCUUAAAUGGUUUUAGCUUAUCGUACAAUAAAUAUACAAAAGCUUUUUAAUCCUUCAUUUAUGAAUUGUGUUCUUUGUAAUCUAGCCACAAGUGUUGCGUUUUUACCAAUAUAAAAAUGUUAUUCUGUACUGGCCUUUUCUCCUGUCUGUACUUAACAGGUUACCAAUAUUAUUUUUGGUCAUAACAAAUGCAACUAUUAUCAAUAAAGCGUUACUUGAAUUUUUGCUUUUGUUCCACUAUUUCUGUCUCAUUACAAUUGAAUGUGCCGCUUCAGAGAAAUCAAU